GUUCUCUUUUGUUUUUUCAUGCUCGAUGUAGGAAUUCCUACGUGCGCGUGAGGGCGGGGUUUCCGUCAGCCACGUAAACACCGACUUCACGCGCAGAGACAGAGAGCGAGCGCUCGUGCACAGCACACCAUUAGUGUCGUGUGAUUACCGGAUCAAUAAGAACCUUAGUGACAGCACGCGCAUCGGUGCUCACAGACACAGCGGGACAGUGUGCACGCGGAAAUCUGUUCUCUCUCUCUCACACACACACACACACACACACACACACACACUCCGCGCGGACCAGCUCGGACCUCCUGCACGGUGUCGGUAUUUCAUUAUCUUCAUACUCGGUUUGUGUUGUGAUUUUUUUUUCCAUUUCCGGUUCUGUUUAUUAACGCGCGCGAGGAUGAACGUGUUUCGCCUGGCCGGUGACGUGUCGCAUCUGUUGGCCAUCAUCAUCCUCUUCAUGAAGAUCUGGAGGACCAAGUCCUGCGCAGGUAUCUCAGGAAAGUCCCAGGUGCUCUUCGCGUUGGUCUUCACCACCAGAUAUCUGGACCUGUUCACCGUCUUUAUCUCUCCAUACAACGCUAUCAUGAAGGUGGUGUUUCUGGUGCUAGCCUACGCCACGGUGUAUCUGAUCUACAUGCGCUUCAGGAACACGUACGACAGUAAGAACGACUCGUUCCGUGUGGAGUUCCUGUUAGUUCCUGUUGCUGGUCUCUCCUUCCUCGAGAACUAUGCCUUCACCCCACUGGAGAUCCUGUGGACGUUCUCCAUCUACCUGGAGUCGGUGGCCAUCUUGCCCCAGCUCUUCAUGAUCACGAAGACGGGCGAGGCAGAGUCCAUCACUACACACUACCUGUUCUUCUUAGGGCUGUACCGCACCCUCUACCUGGCCAACUGGGUCUGGCGCUACCACACAGAGGGCUUCUUCGACCAGAUUGCUGUCGUCUCCGGAGUGGUCCAGACCAUCUUCUACUGCGACUUCUUCUACCUCUACUUUACCCGGGUGAUAAAAGGAAGUGGGAAGAUGUCUCUGCCGAUGCCCAUCUGAAGACCAGCUGCAGCUCCGCCCCCAUGUGUUUUUCCUGCAUCAGCGUUUCUCCACCAACUUCAACUCAUCUGAUAGUUUAAAGGAAAUACAGUAACUUUUUAUAGAAACUACAAACCCCAGCUGUGCAGCUCAGCCGCCAUGUUGGAGGAAAAACACACACACACACACACACACACACACACACACACACACACACACGUGCCUUAAUGUACAGAGUAAUGAUUUCAUACUAAAACGCCUUACUGAUACUCCUGAAGCAAACAGCACACAUGCUAAUGUCUUCCUCCACCACCCUGUCCCUGUGCGUGUGUGCGUGCGUGCGUGUGUGCGCGUGAGAGCAUGUGCGUGUGUGUGCGUGUGCGCGCGUGUGGGUGGGUGUGUGCGCGUGAGAGCAUGUGCGUGUGUGUGUGUAUUGUCCUGUGAGUGCCAAGAAGGGAUCAACUCUACAUUUCCCUCUACAGAUGUAAUGAGUGGCUGAGCAGAUGUUUUCAGUCCGUCAGGAUCAGAUGCUGAUGUGAUGGAAAAAGUCUGAUCUGUACUCAGUUCUGUAGCAGGUCCCGGACCCACCUCAGCUCAUAGGGUUUGAUUAUUGUAGCACUGAUGUCUGUCACCUGGUUAGAAAAUCUGAUCUGAUCUGAUCCGGUACUGAUUCAGAGUGUGAGCUCAGCGUCUGGACUAAUCAGAGCGUUACAUUUCAGAACCUGCAUUCUACUCUGGAUCUCUCUCACUGAUCAGUUUACUGUAAUCCAAAGGAUCGUAACUGAUCAAAUACAGAGCAGGUGGGGCACUCGGACUGUUUACUGUGUGUGUGUGUGUGUGUGUGUGUGUGUGUGUGUGUGUGUGUGUGUGUGUGUGUUCUACAAAUUUGAGUGUGUAAAGGAGUGUAAACACACAGUCUCCCUCCCAAAGACUUCAUCGGCAGUGUUUUUUCUAAUGAGUGCUUGUUUUUCAUUUCUGAGUGUGUUUUGUAAAAUAUGUAUGGUCAAUAAACGAUAGACUGAUAGACUGGG